CAACUGACAGGAACUGCAGCAGCAGCAGCAGCGUUAAACGAUUAGCACUCGAAAACAGUUUUUUAAAAAAUACACACAGCGAGAGAGAAAGAGGGAGAGAAAACAUCGAAGUGAAUAAGAGAAGAAUAACACAGAGUUUGGAAAAACAAAAAAAGGACAGCAAAAAAUGGCACUGCAAUUGAGCAGUUGUCGUCCUCGUCCUCGUUGUCGUCGUCUUCAUCAAGCAGACAUUUGGAAGCAGGAUGCUACUGAAACCAAAAUACAACAUUAUCAACAACAUCUUCAGCAACAAUCACAUUCACAGCCGAAGAAGCAUCAGCAUCAGCAGCAACAGAAACAGAAACAGAAGCAACAUCAAGAGCAAAAACAAAAACAGUCACCGCAGCUGCUGCCAUUCAUGUUGCUCCUUGUGAUGUUGACACUGCUGACGCGACCAUUGAGUGCAUUUUCGAAUCGUCUAUCAGAUACAAAACUUCAUGAGAUCUAUCUGGAUGAUAAGGAGAUAAAACUUAGCUGGAUGGUCGAUUGGUAUAAACAGGAGGUACUUUUCCAUUUGCAAAAUGCAUUCAAUGAGCAGCAUCGUUGGUUCUAUUUGGGUUUCUCGAAACGUGGCAGCCUCACGGAUGCGGACAUUUGUUUCUUUGAGAAUCAGAAUGGUUUCUUCAAUGUGGUAACUGACACAUAUACCAGUCCCGAUGGUCUUUGGGUGCGUAAGGACUAUCAGCAAGAUUGCGAGGUCUUUAAAAUGGAUGAAUUUACUUUGGCAUUUAAACGCAAAUUCGAUACAUGUGAUCCACUUGAUUUACGUUUGCACGAGGGCACCAUGUAUGUGGUUUGGGCACGUGGUGAAACCGAAUUAUCGUUGGAGGAUCAUCAUCAGUUUGCGAUGCCAAAUAUAAGUUCGCCCCAUGAAGCCGGCAUGAAAAUGAUGCAAUUAUUGCGUGCUGAUAAAAUACUUAUACCCGAGACAGAUCUGUCUACCAUUGAUAUCACUUUGAAACAGGCACCCGUUCCAGCUAUUGAGACCACCUAUUGGUGUCAUGUGCAACGGCUUGACCAGAUCAUCAAGCAUCGCCAUCACAUUGUGCAAUUCGAGCCUAUAAUUAAAAAUCCGCACAUUGUCCAUCACAUGGAGGUAUUUCACUGUGAAACCGAUGAGCACGACGAAAUUCCUCUUUACAAUGGUGAUUGCGAUCAAAUGCCACCCAAGGCUAAAGUCUGCUCCAAGGUAAUGGUCUUGUGGGCCAUGGGUGCCAGCACAUUUACAUAUCCGCCAGAGGCUGGCCUUCCAGUGGGUGGUCCAGGCUACAAUCCCUAUGUAAGGCUCGAGGUGCACUUUAACAAUGUAGAGAUGCAGGCAGGCCUUGUGGAUAAUUCCGGCUUUCGCAUCAAAAUAUCGAAAACUUUGCGUCAAUAUGAUGCAGCUGUUAUGGAAUUGGGCCUAGAGUAUACUGAUAAAAUGGCCAUACCACCUGGCCAACAGGCAUUUCCUCUUAGCGGUUAUUGUGUGGCCGAUUGUACACGGGCAGGCUUACCAAGCAAUGGCAUAAUUAUCUUUGGCUCCCAAUUGCAUACGCAUUUGCGUGGACUCCGUGUCCUUACGAGACAUUUUCGCGGUGAACAGGAACUUCGAGAAGUAAAUCGUGAUGAUUACUAUUCGCAUCAUUUCCAAGAGAUGCGUACAUUGCAUUAUAAGCCACAUGUGAUGCCGGGUGAUGCAUUGGUUACCACUUGCUAUUACAAUACCUCGGCCGAUAAGAGUGCAGCUCUUGGCGGAUUCGCCAUCAGCGAUGAAAUGUGCGUUAACUAUAUCCAUUAUUAUCCAGCGACAAAACUUGAGGUAUGCAAAAGUUCUGUAUCAGAGGAGACGCUCGAGAAUUACUUCAUCUAUAUGAAACGCAAGGAGCAUCAGCGUGGCAUCCAUUUGAAUGGGGCACGUUCAGCAAAUUAUCGUAGCAUCGAAUGGAGCCAGCCACGCGUCGAUCAACUGUACACAAUGUACAUACAGGAGCCGCUUAGUGUGCAAUGCAACAAAUCGGAUGGUUCACGCUUCGAGGGACACAAUUGGGAGGGUGUCGCCGCGACGCCUGUUCAAAUCAAAAUGCCCAUACAUCGUAAGCUCUGCCCCAACUAUAAUCCGUUGUGGCUGAAACCGCUGGAGAAGGGUGAAUGCGAUUUACUGGGCGAGUGCAUCUACUAGAAUGACACAAACCAGACAAAAGGACAGGGAGACACACAGAGAGAGAGAGAGAGAGAGAGAAUGAAAAUGAAAA